ACGGUGCUCACGAGGAUCGCCAUUAGCACACUGUCACACAACAGCGUGUCUGUACGUGUUGUGUUUAUAUUUACGUCCAUUUCCUCGAAGUGAACCCAAGUCCGUUGUUCUUCGUCUUUUGUCCUCGCGUUUACACAUUACACAUAGUUUAGAUAAUCAGCAUCAUCAGCACCUCGGACCAAUGGCCCAAGCAGCGGUGGAAACCGUAGACCUGACCGAGGAGACAAUAAAAGAGGAGAAACAAGGAACGUCCACGUCCUUGGAGUGCGCCGUUUGCCUGCAGCAAUGCAUUCACCCUGCAAAAUUACCGUGCACACACAUUUUUUGCUACCUCUGCGUCAAGGGGGUAGCUAAUCAGAGUAAAAAGUGCCCGAUGUGCAGACAAGAAAUUCCAGCGGAUUUUGUGGAGAGACCACAGCUGGUGGAGAUCGAGGAGUCCAAGGUGCCAGGAACUGAGGAGGAGUAUCAAUGGUUCUAUGAGGGAAGAAAUGGUUGGUGGAGGUAUGACCCCAGGACAAGCAGUGACCUCGACACAAUUCACAAACUCGGGUGGUGGCAGUAUGACCCCAGAACGAGCCUAGAACUCGAGACAGCUUAUAAACAAGGGAAGAGGACCUGUGAGCUCCUGAUAGCAGGUUUUCUCUACAUCGCAGACUUCGGUUCGAUGUUACAGUUGAGGAGGAAUGAUCCGUCCAGGCAUCGACGAAUUAAACGAGAUCUUCACAAUGUCCCCAAGAAAGGUGUUGCUGGGCUGAGGUUGAAUCGAGAGGAGGAGCCUGUUAUCAGGGAGAUCAGAGGGGCUGAAAGACCUGCCAGUCCAGCUAGUGAUACGAUGGGCACAGGGGAUGGAACAAACACACCAGUACCCCCCAGCAACACCCCCCAAACACCAGCUGGAAAUGCGAGUGGCGAUGCAACACCCCUGACUGACAGAACGGAACAAAGACAGGACUCUUUACACCAGGUUUUAGAACAAAUGCGUUCAUUAAUGCUAAGGGGCGACUUCACCCUUAAUAGUGAUAACGAUCUUGAAGAUACGAACGACGCUGGAUCAUUUUCAGAUAAUCAACGUACAGUGCUGUGGGUCCCAUCGUCAAAUCCAGAUACAUCUGCGUACACCGACGAAGAUGAGGAUCAUCUUUAAGUCCAGAAAUUGUGAUCGCUAUCAUCCAUUCGCUAGGCCAAGGGCAGACAGACGUUGAACCUCGUCAUUUGCAUCCUUUUUCAUCUUAUUUAUUCCAAAAAGACAUAUUUUUAUCAUUAUUUUGUUUGUUGCAAGAGAAAAAAUAUUUUCGUCAUUAUUACUCGUUCGUUGUGAGAGAAAAAUCCAAAGAGAAAAACAAAACUAUGAAAUA